AUGGAGAAAAACGAAUUUCGAGUGUUGAUCAAACAUUGCUAUUUAGUGGGCAAAAAUACCGCCCAAGUUCAGCAACGGCUUGGAAAAUGUUAUCCAGACUCUGCUCCAUCGAAAACAACCAUUUGUCAUUGUUAUACUGAUUUCAAGCACGGUCGCACGGAUACAAAUGAUGCGGCACGCUCGGGUAGGCCAAAUGAAGCAGUCACUCCGGAAAAUGUGAAACAAGUGUUGAAAAUCGUGAUGAAUGACCGUUUAAAGGUAAUAUCUGAAGAUCCCACUAAAAACUCUCAGAGAGUAUUUAUCAGGCAUAUGGCCAAAACAGUUGUGAGGCAACCCACAGUGUCACCGAAAAGAGACAACCCAAGGUAUGCACGUAUGGUUGACAAGAAUUUUGCUACACAAGAUUCAACUAUAAUGGUCCUCCCCACCAAAGCUAAAGUGCAGCUGAUAACUUCAAAGAGAUAUGUUCAUAGUCAUAUCCAAAGAGAUAUGUUCAUAGUCAUAUCCAAAGAAAUAUGUUCAUAG